AUGACAGCAGAUCGACUCGUCGCCAGGCUGACCAAGCGGCAGCUCGAGGACUACACACCCAGCUCCCAGCCUUACUACACCUUCAUCGACUCCAAAUGGCAGCCGACUGAUCCCAACACGCGCACCACCGCGCCGGCCACACACGCCACACCGUCUACGCCCAUCACCGCCCUCCGCCUCAUCACCUGGAACAUCGACUUCAUGUCCCCCCAGCCUCAAGCCCGCAUGCGCGCAGCCUUGUCCCACCUGCACGACAUCCUCGUCGAGAGCACCACCCCAGAGACAACAGCAACAAUCAUCAUGCUCCAGGAAAUGAAGCAGUCCGCCCCUCUGGACCUCAACAACCCGCUGGCGCACGAGUGGCCCCCGCAGGUGUCCCACAACCUCGGCCAGAUCGCCUCAACAGGCUGGGUCCAGGACGGGUUCCACGUCAGCGACCUCACGACGCACACCUGGCGGUGCCCGUACAACAGCGUGACGCUCGUGGACCGGCGGCUGGCCAUCAGAGACGUGGCGCGGCUGCCCUUUGUAAGCGAGUUUGAGCGCGAGGCUCUCUUGGUGGACGUUAGUGCAGAGGAUCACGGCGAGGGGCCGGCGGCGGUCGUCAGGCUGUGCAACGUGCAUCUGGACUCUAUGGCUGGGAGACCCCCGCUGCGGCCGAUCCAGUGGAAUGGGUGUGCCAAGUUCUUGCAAGACGAGGCAGACGGGGUCGUUGCUGGUAUCAUCGCCGGUGAUUGCAAUGCGAACUCGAGGCUGGAUGAGACUCUGCCACAGGAAAAUGGGUUCAAGGACGCGUAUCUCGAGCUGGGAGGGAGCGAGGGCGAUCCGGAUGGAUUCACGUGGGGCCCGCAGAGCAAGGAUACCAGGUACCCCCAUAAGAGAAUGGACAAGAUAUGUUUCUGCCAGGGCGACGAGAUGGACCCUCAGAAGGCUGUUCUUCGAGUGAAAAAGCUCGAGAAGGUCGGUGUGGGUGUCAAAGUGCAGGAUGAGGAGGCCCGGAGGGGGCUCGAGGAGGAAGGCUAUUUCGAUUUCGUCACCGAUCACUACGGUCUCAUGGCAGAUUUCGAACUCGGAGAGUCAUGGAGGUUGAGCACAGGAUCAUGA